CACGUGACCGCACUCAUCUACCUUGAUGGGCCUGUUUUCCACCACCACGACCACCAUAAGACCCCCUCCAUCCAAUUUCUGGUGGUGGUGGUGGUGGAAAACAGGCUCGUCUACCUCACCACUCCCGAGGAGGGAGGCGAGACCAUCUUCCCGGCACUUCCCUUCGCCCCCGGCAGGCCGGCUGCGCGCACCCCUCAGCUCCAGGCCAUCUCGGAGCGUUCGAGAACAUCACCGCCACGCAGAUCCUCGAGAACCCCGCCCUCGCAAAGGUUGGCCUUCGGUGCAGGUGGAGGAGGGCACCCCGCUGCACCGCGAGCUCUCGGCGCUCUGCCCCGCCGAGGCCUCGCGGGCGGGGCCCGCGCCGGCCGCGGCCGCGGCGCCAGGCGGCGGCGAGGUGCGCCCGCUGGCGGUGCGCCCCGUGGCGGGCCGCGCCAUCUUCUUCUGGCACGAGGCCGUGGAGGGCAGCGACCCGCUCCUGGACGUGUUCCACGGCGGAUCCCUCCCGGGCGCGUGCCCCGUGCGGCGGGGCGAGAAGCUCUCCCUUCAGAAGUUCAAGAACUUCGCCGCCGGCACCAUCGGCUGCGAGGCGUCGAGGUGGUGCAGGAACUACUUCUGACGGCGCCGGGCAGAAGCGGCCGUCCUGCCACCGAAACAUUUGCGAGCGCAGGCGUCCGAGGCGCUGCGAGAUCGGAGGCCGCCGUGUUGCGCCGAUGCCGUCGAUGCCGUCGGAAGCUCCCCAUGGGCUGACGCGUUGGGGGAGUCCGAGCGGCUGCUUCGACCACGCGGCCUGUGUCAAGCAGAGGCAAAGCGUCUCGGCUCGCCUUUAGCCCCACCAAACAAUGUUCUAAGAACCUUUUGUGAUUCCCACGAACUGUUCUUAGAACAUUUCUGGCUGGGGCUGUCUCGUUUUAACAGAUGAGGCUUAAG